CCGACGCGCAUUUCUGUUAGUGGGGCUGGUGAUUUUCAACUGACCUACUCUGGCCCAUUGGGACAGACUCUUUCCUUCCGGUCUCAUCAACAACACUCUGACGCUGCUCCUAUGGGUGGAGGCCUAUCACGAGUCAUAACUCCUUCGGGUCUGACUCGGGACUUUCUUCGUGUCACAGGUCUCGGAAUUGAGCGUCUCCUCUAUACUCCUUGGCCUGGCUCCCCUGGACCCUGGGUCUAUGAAUGGCGUACCGGAUUAGUGGCAUCCGAAUGGCUGCCACCGAACGCCUCUAGGGCACCUAGCAUUGGUGCUGGAGGUGGCGAACAGGCGUCAUUUCGUUUCUUAUGGCCCAGCGGCCACCGCCGCGUCACUUGCAUGCCUGGUCUACAACUCGUCACUUUUGAUUCAGUCCGCAUAGAUUGGCGCCAUCCAGAUCGAAAUAUUCACCUUCGUGAUAAUUCUCGAAGAGGAAAAGUCGAGACUGACUCCAGUUGGUUUGGUCAACCUUCUUCUGCUGCAGUUGGGCUGGCCCGAGCCCGUCGAGUCCGUAUUUGGGACUUGGCAACUGGGUUUCAUCUGCACCUAGCGCGCCGAUUCCUAGGUCAUCUGGUAGCCAGGACAUGGGCAAAACACUGGCUUCCAGGCAGCCGGCUAGUUCAUCCUCGCCUUGGUGGUCUACUAAGUUGGAGACACACAUACACUUAUAGUGACAAUCUUCAGGUGCUCCAUCUUCUGUUCCUUAGUCUUUUUUAA